UCCAGGCAAGUCCAGAAAGUCUCUAGCCAUGUCAUUUGCGGAGGCGGGGGAUGUUUUCCACAGAGCCCGGGGCAGGACCCUGGACGCGUUUUCCUCAGAAAAGGAAAAGGAAUGGAAAGGCCCAUUCUACUUUAUCCAAGGCGCAGACCCCCAAUUUGGGCUGAUGAAGGCCUGGUCCACUGGGGAUUGUGACAAUGGCGGUGAUGAGUGGGAGCAGGAGAUCCGUCUCACUGAGAAAGCUGUUGAGGCCAUCAACAAGCUGAGCCCCAAACCCAAAUUCUUUGUUCUUUGUGGCGACCUCAUCCAUGCCAUGCCAGGAACUCCCUGGCAGAAAGAACAGACCAAGGACCUGCAGCAAGUACUAAAGGCGGUUCACAAAGACAUUCCACUGGUGUUCGUCAGUGGCAACCAUGACUUAGGCAACGUCCCCACAGCUGAGACCGUGAAGGACUUCUGCCAGACGUGGGGAGAUGACUACUUCAGCUUCUGGGUGGGAGGCGUCCUGUUCCUGGUACUCAAUUCCCAGUUCUUCUACGAUGCCUCCAAGUGCCCUGCACUGAAGCAGGCCCAGGACCGCUGGCUGGACCAACAACUGAGCAUCGCAGGGCAGCAGAGGUGCCAGCAUGCCAUUGUCUUCCAGCACAUCCCGCUGUUCCUGCAGAGCAUAGACGAAGAAGAUGACUACUUCAACCUCACCAAGGCUGUGCGGAAGGAGCUGGCAGACAAGUUCACUAGAGCAGGUAUCAAAGCUGUGUUCUCGGGCCACUACCACAGGAAUGCUGGGGGAACCUACCAGGAUCUUGACAUGGUGGUUUCAUCUGCUAUCGGGUGCCAGCUAGGCAAAGACACCCAUGGGCUCCGCGUGGUGGUCAUCACUGCUGAGAAAAUCAUUCACCGUUACUACAGCUUAGAUGAGCUGAACAAGAGAGGAAUUGACGACGACCUGAAGGAGCUGAUGAAGGAGUGAUUCCCCCACAUAAUCCAUCCAGUUUUCAUGCCCAGGACCUUUUAUCUUGCCAUAAUGUUUACAGCCCUUCAUAGCAAUAUUUGAGUAGACAGGCGGGUUUGUGAAUGGAUGUCGUUUUAUAUAAAUCAAAGUGCUGGGUCCUAUCCUCAAUUAUAUUCAGAAGGGGCUGUCUUCCCUUUAAGAAGCCAAAAAAAAAAAAAGGCUGUGGAUAUGUCUAAUUAUGGUGUGAGACCUUCCACAUGUGUGGGUAAACUCUCCUGCUGUGCGGCUCUCACUCUGCCCUUGAAUCCCACUGUUUCUGAUGUUGACAGUCAAUACCCACCUCCUGCCCUCCAUCCAGCUCAGUGCUCAUGUGUGAUCUUUAGUAAUUCCUCAAACAAACUACAUCUGCUUUUGUUAAAUUGUGGUCAUGACUCCCAGAACGCUGUGAAAACAAAGGUUCCUCCUCCCCUCCUGGCAGACCAAAUCGUAUCACUCCCUCCCAUAGCCACAGAUUCCUCACAACAGGGAGCUUCAUAGCCACCACUGGUGGGAACGUCAAGACCUCUGUUACUGCUGAUGCUGUAAUCACAGGUGGUCCAUGUGAAGGUGUGUUUGCCUUUCUGAUGACAUAUGUCACCUUCAUGCAUAGACCCUGUGUUCCAGAUGACCAGAACAGAGGCUGCAGCAGAAGGCCCUGGACAUGUGUCUGCCCUGUCUAUAUCCUUCUGCUGCAGGCAGCCCACAGCAUUAUCAGAUCACAGUGAACCUGGUGGGGAAACUGGACUUGCUGCAGACUUCUCCUGAGAACUGUCACUGGGCUAACUGCACUGUGUUAAUUGCCACUGACAUACAAAGCCCCUGACAAACAAACAAGCAGUGUGUGUUACUUAAAAUCCUCUUCGCUAUGGAAUGUGUUCUGCUGCCUCCUCUGGGAGCCCUGACAUCUAUGGGCUCUUCCUCCAUGAAUCUUCUGGCCUGAUGCUCAAUGAUGCUCAGUAACCAGGGCUCUAUAUCCUGCUGCAGAAGUUUAUAGUGCCCUGCAGUGGCUCAGGGGAAUCCUGAACCAACUUUAAAAACUCACCGGUUAUAAAUGAACAGCAAAGCCCAUUAAAUUUAAAAAAAAAAAAAGAAAAAAGAAAAAAACUUUCUUGUUAAAAAGUUUUAGUCAAUGUAGCAAAACCAUGAGAAAUUAAAUCAAAAGAUAAUUGGAUAUGUAAAUUUAUAUGGAACAAAAGAUACAAGAAGUUAAUUACGUUACAGAUUGGUGACACACCAGAGCUCAUUGUUAGGUAGCACAAGAAAAUUAAAUUUUUCAAACCAGAAUGAUCUUGAAGUGCUUGGGCUAUGUUCCUGUUUGUUUUCCUUCUUCUUUGGAGCAGAAUGUAAAGAGGUCAGGAGAGGAGUGGGAUUGGGUGGGGGGGCAUAACUGAUAGUCCAAUUGUUCCAGACUGAGUACUGCAACCCCUGAACCCAAAACAUGUGGGCUUGACUCCAUGGUGGAAGAAAGUUUAAUUACAGUGGGCUGAAGGCAUGCCCUUUGUCCAAGUUCCAUAUGAAAAAUGCAGCAGCCCCAGAAUGGGGACAAGAUAAGCAAUGGAAAUGAAGUAAGCCCUUGUCCUCAAAACACAGAAAUUAAAAGCUGAUUUAGAACCCCGAGAAUAUACUAAAGAAAGGAAUGGCAUUUCCAGUCUUCAGUGGAGCAGCUAUAUCAAGGUGGGGCUUGCUGCUAUGGGGAACAAAUGCAUAUCCCUCCAACUAAGACGGCAUGUCACUAUUCCAUUCACUCAUAUGCCUUUUUUUUAAAAAAAAAGAAUCUCAUUAAAAGAAAAAAUAAUAAAGAACUCCUACGUGCA